AUGGGCGGAAUUGAGGCGAUUACAAGGAGGGGUGCUGCUGAAUGGAGAUUCGGGCCUUCACGCGAGAGGAUCGAGGAUGGCGAGGGGGCAGCGCGGUGGGGCAGCAAGAGGACUUCUCUGCUUAAUCCCCGCCUUCCUUCCCUUCAGGGCUUCACAUGGGGCGAUGAGGGCGAUGGGGCAGCGCGCGCUCAUCAAGGGGCGUCCCUCUGGUUAACCCCCCCCCUUCCAUUCCCUUCAGCAUGGCGGGCAGCGUGGAUACGACACGCCGGGCAGCACGGACGGAGCGUGCGCGCAUCAAGAGGCGUCCCUCUGGUUAACCCCCCCCCUUCCAUUCCCUUCAGCAUGGCGGGCAGCGUGGAGACGACACGGCGGGCGGCACGGACGGAGAUCUACUCAUGGGACGAGGAGGGCGAUGGGGCAGCGCGCGCGCAUCAAGAGGCGUCCCUCUGGUUAACCCCCCCCUUCCAUUCCCUUCAGCAUGGCGGGCAGCGUGUAUACGACGCGCCGGGCGGCACGGACGGAGGUGAGGUGCUGCUCCACCGCUGCUACGGGAUCUACUCGUGGGAUGAGGAGGGCGAUGGGGCAGCGCGCGCGCAUCAAGAGGCGUCCCUCUGGUUAACCCCCCCCUUCCAUUCCCUUCAGCAUGGCGGGCAGCGUGGAGACGACACGGCGGGCGGCACGGACGGAGGUGAGGUGCUGCUCCAUCGCUGCUACGGGGAGGGCGAUGGGGCAGCGCGCGCGCAUCAAGAGGCGUCGCUCUGGUUAACCCCCCCCUUCCAUUCCCUUCAGCAUGGCGGGCAGCGUGGAGACGACACGGCGGGCGGCACGGACGGAGGUGAGGUGCUGCUCCAUCGCUGCAGCGGGGUAGCGCGGCGGCACGGAGGGCGACACGGACGGAGCUUGGUUGACGGACAGCAGUGGAAGUGGGGCGGCAGGCCGGGUGACACGGACGGAGGUACGAUGGUCCAAGACCCGAAGACCGCCCCCGACUGCGGCAUAGGUGUUGUGCGGCAGGGGUGGCUGACGGCGUUGGGUCGGACGCGGCCCGCGCCUGAAGCGCCCCUGUGUGUGAGUGAGUGCUCUGACGAGGGAUGGGGGGACGCUUCCUGA